AUGGUUUUUCUAAAAUCUAUUAUUAUAUCAAUAAUAUGUUUACCAUAUAUUUUUUAUUGUACUCCUGAAGAACCACACAUAACUUUUGAAAGUCUUUAUGUUUAUGGUAAAUCAGCAUAUACUGAUAAAAAUUGGGGUGAUUGUAUUGCUUUUAUGUUAAAAGCAUUAGAAGAUUUUAAUUUUUAUAUGGGAGAAAAACUUUGGUGUAGACAAAAGUGUGCCAAAGAAAUUGCUGGUUUAAAAGAGAAUCAUAAAGUUAAUGAUGAUAUAAGUCUUUUAUUUCAUUCAUUAAUGUAUACACAAGCACAGAAAGCUCUUUGUCUUUUUAGAUGUCAAAUAUGGAAAUUUACAGAAGAAAGACCACCAAUGAAAAGUUUUGAGGUAUAUGAAGAAUUUCAAAAUGGUAAACCAUUUGAAUAUCUUCAUUUUUGUUAUUAUAAAUUAGGAGAUUUAGAAAGAGCUGUUAAAUAUUCAUACACAGCAAUUGUUGGUAAUCCAAAAAAUGAAGAUGCUUUAGUUAGUUUAAAAUAUUAUAUGGAACAGGAUAAUUUUAAAAGAGAAAUGUUAAUUGAUGCUUUAAAGAAACAAUAUGAAGAAAGUUAUAUGAAUGGUGUUGAAGCAUAUAAUAAUAAAGAAUGGAAUCAUUGUAUAUAUUGGUUUGAAAGUAGUUUAACAGAAUUAUGGGAAGAAGAGGAGAAGUGUCGUUUAACAUGUGAAGAUAGAAUUGAUUUUAGUUCAAUUGAAAAUGAUAAUCCAGAAAUUAGUAUUGUUUUUACAAGUAUUUAUUAUUCUGUUUUAUCAUGUCAAAAUAAAUGUAUUGAAAAAUUAUCAAAAGUAAAUGGACAUAAAAUAUCAAACUUUUUAAGUUCUUAUUUUGAAUAUUUACAUGUUUGUUUUUAUAAUGAAAAUCGUGGACUUGAUGUUGGGCAAAGUGUUGAAAAUGCAUUAUUAUUAAAUCCAUCAAAUAUGGUAACCAGACAAAAUAAAUUAUUUUAUAUUAAUACAUAUAAAGAUUAUAAAAAUAAUGAAUUAUUUGUACCAUCUGAAAAGAUAAUUGAAUAUUAUACAAGAGAUCAAAAUGAAAAGAAAUUUUUAAUGUUUAUUGAUAAUAAAUUUAGAUAUGAAAAUUUAUGGUUUACUGCACCUACAGAUAAAUCUAUAAUGGAUUGGUCAGUUGAUGUUAAAGACUAUUUUGACUAUUCACAAUUGUCAGAUGCAAUAAUAACAGAUGAUGAAUGUGAAUUAUUAAAGUUAAGUGGUGAACUUGAAUACUUGAAAGCUAAGAACAAAUUCCAUAAAGAUGAAUUAUUACAAGAGAUUGGUGAAAGAAUUUCACAAAAAUAUGAAACAACAGUUAUCUUUAAAAGUUUACAUUGUAAUGAAGAGAUUGAAUGUAAAAGAAGUGGAUUCACAUUUAGUCUUGAGAAAGAUACGUGUUCAAAUUUAGUUAAUCCAUCUUUCCCUGGUUGUGUUGUAGUUUUUUGCAAUGAAUAA